AUGAGAACCUUCAAAUGCAGAGAUUUGGCUGUUGUUUUCUUAGUAACUCUCUUCACUUGCAACCAUUCUUCUACAUCCCAAGAUAUAGAUAUAUGCCAAGUGGUAUUUUGUGGGGUGGGAAGAUGCCAUGAAACAAGAGAAUUUCCAGGUUACAGAUGCGAUUGUAAGCGUGGUUGGUCGAAAAUUACUCUUCCUACUAUCUCAUCUGCUUGCAUUGUUCCUAACUGUACCAUUGAUAGGCAAUGUCAUAUACUACCUGUUCCUCUUCCAUUUCCUCCAGCUCCCUCUCCAACGCAGCUUCAUGAUCGCUCUGAAUCUUGUUUAUUUUGUGGAGAUGGAGAGUGUGAGGCAAAAGGCUUAUACAACACUGUAUGUCACUGCAAUCAAGGUGCCGCCAAUCUCCACAACAAUCCACUCUUCCCUUGCUUCCCCAAAUGUGCUAUGAGAGGAAAUUGUAGUGAUGGAGUUGAUCUUGGCUUCGGAGAUCCACCGCCAUCACCACCACCUCAACAAUCUGCCUCCCCUCCUCCUCGAACUUCCGGCGGGUCAGGUGAAAUGCUGAACAACUCAAGGGAACUCCUCCAUAAACUAGUAGCUACCAUGGUGUUGACAACAAUAUUUUUAAUUUAGAUUUAAAUUUAUAUUCAAAAUAUUCCAUUUUUCCAAGAACAUUAUUGUCCAUUAUUCGACCAGCCGAAUCUAAAGUGCAGCGAA